AUGCCUACAAGAGCUAAAGCUUCCAAGGCGAAGGCGAGUCACUGCCCAGCAACUCGUUCGUCGACACAAGUGACGCAACCUCGCAGAAGUAACUCUGCUUCAUUUCCAACACAGGUAGCUAUUGAUGCUCUUGGUCAUGACAAGCUACAUGACCCCGAACCUGCACAGAAACGAACUUUGAAGACUGCUCGCGCCAAGAAGACACGUGCUGGGAUUAGCAAAACGAAAAAGACGAAGCCUGAGCACUGGUCGAAGGCUCCUACCCGCCUUGCUUCAGAAUCACACCAUGCCGAUGAUGAACAGGCUCCUGAUGGUAGACGAUUCUCCCAAGUCUAUGGUCAUGGUCACCUACUUGUUGAAGAAGAGCCAGAUGUACACAUUCCUAUCUCGUCAACAUCCAGCUUAAGCAAAAAGCGCUCCGCUCCAACAUUCGCUGGCACUCCUUCUCCCCUGAAAAAGGUACGUUUCGACUCGGACUCGAAUGAAACAACACAGGCACAAGAAGACCAGACCAUGUCCAUUCCUAUCAGUCCCGUCGAAUCUUCGGACUCGGCCGACUUUUAUAUUCCGCCCUACGCCGAGGACGAGCCUAUCUACGAUACUACACCUCCUAGCGACCCGAUCGACCAUCUGGCCAAUCAACUCAUGUGGGAGCCUCAACCACUGACGCUCGAUCUCAUAUCCAGUCUUUUCAAAUACAUGCACAAAGAGACCGAGGAUUUGGCUCGUCAAUAUUUUACACGAUCUGACAAGCAUACCCGCGGCGCUUACUUUCCAACAGCAGAAACGUUUCCUCUGCACGAUCUUCAACACAAGUAUCCUGCUCUCUACCAUGCCACACUUCGACUUCUUGACGCUUCUACAACAGACGGUAUCAACCACGGCUGGUUGAAGUUCUUCGCCGAUGGAGCUUAUCGACCCUAUCUUGUCUACGCUAUCCUGGGUGAAUGGUUUACUCAGCGCAUCUUCAAGGAUCCAGCUUUUGGCUUGAGCCCAGACGCAAGAGAGGAGUUCGAAGAAGGCGUCGACAAGAAGUACAUGUACUAUGAUACUUUUGUGCGAGUCAAGCAGCGUGCUGAGAAAAUCAAAACCUGGAUCGACACAGAUGAUAGCAGGAAGUUCGCUCUCAGUGGCGCAGCCAAUGUCCUAGCAGAUGAGCUGUUGGAGGUCUUGGCACCAAUUGUACCUACUUUUGACCCGGCACAGAUAUGGGACCAAACCAGCUACACCACCAGCCUUCGCCACAGCCUAAGAGAACUCAUAGAAAAGGUUGGAGGACUAAACCAGUCAAUUAUACGAUCAGGUGUGGAUGGCACUUUCGUCCGUGUUGCAGGGGCAGUUGAGAAUGGAAGAGAGUGGUCUUCGCUAGCACCUAUGGUGCCUGUCAACCCAGAGGUUGUCGAUGCCGGCCUCGAAGAUGGCGCAAAUGAGAAAUUAGUCGUCAAGAUGACCUGCUGGGGUCGUGUCGAAGCCUUCGUUCCUCAUGGCAUGGACAUGGUGGAGAUGGCGGACUUGCAGCAAGGAAUCAUUCAGACCGAGACUGCAAAGAACAUCGACGCUUUCCUUGCCAUGCUCAAAGACCAAGGCUUGGAGGGUCACAAGGAGGACUACGAGGCUAUUCACGAAAAAGUUUGCAGUGACGUCUACGCUGGUCUUUGCUGGGAUUGCAGACCAGAAGGCAAACAGAACUGGGAUGUCUACCCUGAAGAAUUGUGGGAUCGAGCGCGAGAGGAAGAAGAGAAGGAGGAGUCUAAAACAAGACAAUACGACAUGCGAGAGAAACUGGCACGCAGGACUGCAAGGUCUGCGAAGGCGGGCACAACAGCCAAGGGCAAUGGUGAUGCUGGGAGCGACCCAGGUUCCAGCGAUUCAGACUCGUCGCUGGAGGAUGUCAGCUCAUCGUCUUCGUUUCCUUCCUCGUCCUCAUCGUCCUCAUCUUUUUCGUCGUCGAGUGACUCGAGUAUACCUAUGGUUGAUCAUCUAAGACGCCACUCUGAGCCCCCUCGCGGCAGCUGGGUAACUUACUACACUACACUCACACCUCAUGUCGUGUACCUCGAACGGGCAAAGCCACUUCCGGCAAUCGAGAAUGAGCUUCGAGUGGCAGGUGUUGAUCUGGGAGGCAGACGCAUCAGAGACUAUAACAGCUUGAUGUCAGCAGUUCGCACAGCUCGGAGGGACCGCAUGUGGAGGUCAGGAUCGACCGGCGAUACCAUUCGUCUUGGCUAUGAGGACACUAGACUUCGCCUUUGGAACUUCUACGCCAGAUACAAUCUAUCCAUUGAGUGGGGCGCUUUCGUGGCAGCCAUGAUUAUCUUGAGCAUGGGCAAGGGCGACAUUGUGAGAGGCUUCGAGAAGACCAUCGACUCAGUCUUUGAUCUUGUGUCGAGCUUCAGUGGAAUCCUGACCAUUGUGGCGGAGCGAACCAUGGCAUUCGGCAAUGCUGUCAACGAGCAAGUUUGCUUCCUCGUGCAUGAAGCAGUAAGAAAGCUUCUUGGCCUCCACCUGCCAGACCUUGAGGUUGAGAGACUUAUGGAAGGAAUUCGUGAGACGGUCCAAGGCGGCCGCGACGAUCUCAGAAAUGGCUAUGAGAGCGUUGUGAGAGCGCUGCUUCACAUUCUACCGCAACCAGAGCAGGUUGCCGCAAGCACGCCUGAAAGUCCCGCAGCUGCCGUACAUGAGGCCACUCCAGUCCUGCCUGCUAUGACGACAGUUACUGCAACGACUACUGGUCUAAUGGCUGUAUGGGGUGGUCUAGUCAGUCAGUUCUUGCACGGUCAAACUGCAGUAGAGCCAUCUACGAACACCGGACCUGCCAUCACUCUGCCUCAGGUCAUACCAACCGUGACAGCGGCAUUCGAAGAAGCGCCAAGCGCUACCACUACCUCCAAGAGCAAACGAUGGUUCAAGGAAGGCGCAUUCGACACCCAUUUCGUGGCAGACAGCAUCACAGAUGAUUUUCCUUUGGCCCUCUCGACCCCCGACGACGAAGACACACUCCCAGAGACAAGACAGUCCAACUCUUUCAGCCUAAGAGACAAAGUCAAGACUUUCUUCUCCAUAGCCGCAUCCAAUGCACGCGGCCUAAAAUCAAACGUCGUUUCUAAAGCCUCUUCUCGUGCCUCAAUAAUCGGAUCCCAGGCCUCUUCAGGAGCCUCAAUCCUCGAGUCCGAAAUCAAAGACAUUGCCUCCCUAGCCUCUUCCUCCCUCCACUCCUUCGAAUCCGCACGUUCCGCCGAUGCAUCAUCCCUCCUCUCCGAAGCCUAUGAAUCAAUCAUUUCGAAAGCGGCUAAGGAGUCCGCGAGCAUCACCGCGGCAGCACACAAGGCUACGAGCGAGAUGAAGAGAGCUGCUGGAGUUCCGAUCGUCACUAAGACAGUGACGAAGACGAAAACGGAGCGCUUCGUCAGUCCGAAGACGGAUGUUGCCGAGACUGAUGAGAUUGGUGGGAGUACGACAUCUUUGACUAUGGAGGCUGGUGGGGCGGCGAGGACCGUGGGUGUUAGUGAUCAAAAUGGUCAGGCAGGGAGAUCAGGUAAGAGAACGACCUGGGCUAAGUUGGUCUUCGGAGAGUGA